AUGGCAGCAAGACUGCCGGUAGCGCGUGCACUGACGCGCCUCUCCCGACCUACAGCACUCUCCCCCAUUACCCAACAUAACACCAUCACCGCUCACAACAGACACAAUGCCCGAACCUUCUCGCGCUCCUCCCACCACCGCCUCAUGGAGAUGUCCAACUUCACCGAGAACCAGCUCACCGUACGAGACGCCAUCCUUAAAGUAACCGAGCAAUUCCCCGACGAGUACUGGCAAGAGCGCGACCGCACCGAAACGGACCCGACCGAUUUCCACGCCGCUCUCGCCGCCGACGGCUGGCUGGGCAUCGCCCUCCCCGAAGAAUUUGGCGGCUCCGGCCUCGGCAUCAGCGAAGCCACCAUGAUGCUACAGACCAUCACGCAGUCGGGCGCGGGCAUGGCAGGCGCACAGUCCAUCCACGCCAACGUCUACGCCACCCAACCGCUCGCGAAAUUCGGCAACCAGCAGCAGCUCGAAUCGACCAUCCCGGACAUCAUCAGCGGCAAGACGCGCGUGUGCUUCGGCGUCACGGAGCCCAACACGGGCCUCGACACGCUCCGCCUCAAGACCUCAGCCACCAAAUCCGCCGACGGGCAAAGCUACAGCGUGUCAGGCCAAAAGAUCUGGAUCACCUGCGCGCAAGUCGCCAAGAAGAUGAUCCUCCUCGCGCGCACCACGCCGCUCGAACAAGUCAAGAAACCCAACGAGGGGCUGAGCAUGUUCUGCAUCGACCUCGACAAAUCCGCGCCCGGGCUGGAAAUGAAAAAAAUCCGCAAGAUGGGUGGCAACGCCGUCGACGCCAACGAAGUCUUCUUCGACAACUACCAGAUCCCCGCCGACACGCUCGUCGGCGCCGAGGGCCAGGGCUUCAAGAUCAUCCUGCACGGCAUGAACGCCGAGCGCUGCCUGCUGGCCGGCGAAGCCCUGGGCAUCGGCUACGCGGCCUUGACAAAAGCCGCCACGUACGCCAAGGAGCGCGUCGUUUUUGGGCGGCCCAUCGGCCAGAACCAGGCCAUCGCCCACCCGCUCGCCGACAGCUACAUGCAGCUCGAGGCCGCGAAACUCGCCACCUACCACGCCACCAGUCUGUACGACCGCAGCAAGGACGACAGGAGCAUCACCACGCACGCCGUCGGCGUCGCGGCCAACAGCGCAAAGUAUCUGGCGGCUGAGGCGGCGUACACGGCGUGCGAGCGCGCCGUCAUGAGCCACGGCGGCAUGGGCUAUGCCAGGGAGUAUAAUGUGGAGAGGUACCUCCGGGAGAUCUUCGUGCCGAGGAUCGCGCCCGUCAGUCGGGAGAUGAUCAAGAAUUAUAUCUCGACGCAGGUGUUGGGGAUGCCGAGGAGUUAUUAG